CCUGGUUGCUCUUGCCUCAAUCACCGGCUUGCAGACUUGCAGAUCCUUCAUGACCACAAUUAUCCGCCAAUUCUCCAUUUAUGGCCCGCAGAACCUUCACAACAUGAGCCCGCUCCGGCCUUCUCCCCACGUCUGGGGCUGUUCCAUUUGAGGAUGAUUCGUGAUGAACUUGUCUGGAUGGCUCUCGUGAGACUGUUAGAUUACGAGCAUUCCUCCUCCAUCUACCAUGUCAAGACUGAGAGUCAUGAUAUGCUUGCAGUUGUGUACUUUCUUCGACAAUCGCAUGCGAUUGGGUGA